AAUAAAAGAUGUCCUUUAGUGGUCAAUACGAAGUUGUGUAUAAGAAAGAUCGUAAUAGACAGCACCAGCAGGCCAAAAACCUACACAAUAAAGACGUAAAUGAUGAGGUAUCUGAUCAGGAAUAUUUAAAAAGAAACUAUCAACAUCAUAAGGCGAAGCAGAAGGUUGAGCAUAGUCCGAAGCAAGCCUACAAUAGAACCGACAAGGAAAAAUGCAGCGCAAGAGAAUCCUCGGUGAAAAACCGUAAGCGAUGGCAAAAAUAAGGACAAAAGAUCAUUGAAUAACUCUAAACUUGGAAUUUUUUCAGACAAUUGAACUCAGAAUCAUAUUGGAAGCAAAGAAGCUUCUACAAGUUUCAGAGACCAGAGAAACAACAAGAAGAAUGCGAUAUUUAGCUCUCAAGAUAGUUUUGAUCCCUGCAGUACAAUGAAGGCCCACCAACAGAGAAAAGAUCAGCACUCAAAAUGAUACCCUGGCAAUAGUAGACAAAAGGUGAAUAACGAGCAGGAAUUCCACCAUAUCAUGACUCAGAGAAAUAUCAGGGACAAAAAUGCUGACUUUUCUCGUAGAAGCCGUAAACUUCGAGCCAAUAAAGCUAAACGGGAAUAUGGAAAAGAUAGCAAUAAACGUCAUGAUAUUUUAUUUGAGACUUUUGAUGAAACUUCAAGGAUUUCAAGUGAGAUCCAAAAUUCACUGGUCAUUAUUCAACAAGCCAAAGCCCAGAAUGAGAAGUAUUCAGUAAACAGGUCUAUUGAAAGAGUACCUGGCAGUCAGGUCAGAAAUAACCUUACUCAAGUGAGCAAGAAAGAGAGUUAUACACAGAAAUAUAAGCAUAAUCUUAGAAAAGAAGGGAUGAAGGAUACUGAAUAUAGGGCUACAAUGCCAGAAACCUUCUCUUGUAAGCCUGAAAACUUUUCACAAACUCAAAAGUUAAGAAAUGAUGCUCAGAAGACCAACUCAGGGAAUACCACUCUUGAGCGACAGUCUUCAACUGGGAUGCUUGAGAAUAUGGUUUCAGGAAGAAUCUCAAACCGAAAUCACUUUAAUAGAGAUAUGUCUGUGAUCAAAGAAGGGGCCCAGAAUAGGAGUCAUUCACAGAUAGGAGGUGUGAAGAAGAAAACAUUUCGGCACCAAAAUAUGCAGAUACCUAAGGCUUCAAACAAGAUGAUAAGUGCGAGUCCUGCUUCUAAUUUUAUGAGUUCCAGAGAUAAACCUCAAACUCAUAAGAAGUACGUCCAAAAACCUGUGCACAAAGUUCUUAACAAUCUAAUGGAAGAAGAGGAAGAUGAGGAAAUUAUUAUGAAAAUGCUAAAUGACAGGAAGAAAGAACUCUUCAAUGUCAAAAGAGUUAAGCAAGACAGGAUGGAACUUCAGAGGGACUCUUUUGAAGGCCGGUUUGUUAAGCAAUACCAUAGAGACAAACAAAGAUUUCAUGAUGUGAAUAAGUCCAGGAAAAGAUUGAAAAGUCCAGCCGCUGAAAAGCUAAGUAAAGAUAAGAUCAAGCGCAUCAGACAACAGUCUUCUGUCGCAGAGAGAAAAUAUAGAGAAAAACUAGAUGCUGUUAAAUUAAUCCAGAAAUGUUGGAGAAAGCAUAGGCAUGGGACAAUAAAGCAGCUUGAGAAUAAAGCUGAGAAAGUGUUGCAAGAGGAUGUAGCGAAUGACCUUGAAAAUCUAGAUUCCUACGAUGAUGUUAUUGUUGAAGCUGACUCUAUUCAAAUCCCAAUUGUUAAACAUGAUGCUCCAGGAAGGCAUUUUGAUAGCGCCUUUGAGACUAGGAAAAGAGUAGCACCGGAAAUCUCCUCUUAUGCAAAAGAAAAACUACUAGCCCUUUUUAAAGGAUGGAAGACAAGAAGAAUUCUUAGAAAUCAGCAUUUGAAAGAACUUAAAGUAGAAAUUGGAUACAUGUUGAAGCUCAAGAAAAACGAUCUUAACGAAAGAGAACUUAAGCAUUGAAGAGCAGAGUUUUCGAGAAUUGCUAAUAAAUUUUGAACUAUUUUUCUCAGGUUAUCAGCCAAUAAAGAGUGGAUUAAGAAGUAUAAUAUAAACUUUAAAAGGAAUAACAGUGUUACAAGAAACAGAUCUGAGUCUGCGCAGCAUAGUAAUCAAUCAAAUUUUAGACCUGUGUUUGAUAUUAGUCAGAAUAAUCAAUCGAAACAGCAAACUGAAAUGAGCUCUCUUCCCUCUAAAAUUCAAGACAAUAAAUUAUCAACGAAGAAAUCAAGAAAUCCUGAGAAUGAAAAUAAUCAAAAUGGUGCAAAAACUGUAAAAAGUACAAUUUUGCAGCAAAAUAAAGAAGAAGUAUCUAAUCCAGUUUAUGCCAAUGAUGAUACACAAAUCAAUAAAGAUAGGACUAAUAUGUUUGAGGAUAUUGGAAAACAAAAGAUGAGUCAAAGAAAUAGAGAUUAUAGCACUCCCAGUAUUAGACUCAAUAAUAAUCUUGCAAAAGCAAAUAUUAUAGAUAAUUAUAGACAUGCUCCUAUAUCACCUCGAAAUAAUUUUGAUAACCAAAAUCAACUAUUCCAGCCAGAGGUUAGGAAUAAAAUGGAAAAAUCUCCUUCUAUGCAAUUAAAUUAUCCUCAAAUGUCACCUGCCCCUGUAGCCUAUAAUCCACAAAUUUAUCCAGGUUAUCAAAAUUUCUCUCAAGCUCAAGCUAACUAUAAUCAACCUCAAUUAAAUAUCCAUCAGCCAUCAAUGGGAGUACCUCAGCAACAAAUGGGUGUCCCUCAAGCUCAUUUAGGAGUUCACCAACCCCAAUUUAAUAUGCCUCAAACUCAUAUGGGACCUAUUCCAAAUCAGAUAGGAAUUGCACAAAAUCAAAUUGGAAUGCAUCCCCAAAUAAUGCAGCCUGUUUAUCAGUAUCAAGGGGCUCAUAAUCCAAUUUACAUUAUUUAUCAAGGACAGCCUGUAAUCAGGGAUGAAAUUAAUGUUUCGAAUGAGCCUUUCUCAAGACCAUUGGUAUCAAAUUCUCAUGAAGAACCUGUUCUUUACCGUCCUAGCCCUCAGCCAGAAUCGGUCCAUAGUCAAAAUUUGUCACAACCUCCUCCAAAGCCUUUAAAGUCUCCAAAUAAUUUCUCAGCUGAUGAGUCUUUCCAAAGGCCAGCCCAUGUUCCCACAGAGAAGUACCAUACUGCAAAACAGGAGCCUAAGCUAUCUAAAAAGGAAGAAUUAAGCUUCAUGGAUACAUUUCCUUCACAGAAAAACCCUGAAGCCGAGAUUUCACCUAAAAACUACUUGGACGACAGACCGAUAAAGCCUCAGAAGCCAGCUUCAUUUGGGAAGCCAACCUCCCUUGCUACUAUUCCUGAAAAGAGGAAGAAUAAGUCUUCUAAUCAGAAGACUUAUUUGAAGAAGAAAAAGGUUUAUGAUCCUAAAGAGUCUAUUAAGAAAGAGAUGGAAUAUAAGAAAAAAGUUAAAGAGGAGAGAAAGAAGUUCUUGACAGGUACCAAAUCAGCUUCUGCUUGUCAGAAAGUUUCUACUGUUAACAAGCCAAGUAUCCAUAGGAUUGCACCUGCAUUUGACGGUUCAAAAGCUUUAAAUAAACCUCCAGUCAGGAAUAAUCAACCUCCUGCGAAUAGCUUUGCUAAUAUGAACAAAGAACAGAGAGUGCAGAAGAUUUCCCAGCUUUUGAGAGGAAAAAGAUCUUAA